UGGGCACAGCUGAAUGGGCUCUCUGUGAAGAGAGAGAAAGAGAGGGGAGGAGGGAACGAGAGAUUGGGAGGGGGGCCGCACAAAGAAUGGGAGUUGGAGCCGAGAAUGUGCGUGAGGAAAGGAAAUAGAACAAGUUGCUGAAAGGGGACAGAGGUGCACUGGGUUAGUUAAAGCACAAAGUCUAAUUGGAGUGAAGGGAAAAAUGAGGAACUAUGGGAGAAUAGAGGGUUAAUGAGAGUGCCGAGGAAGAGCAAGCCAAGGCAGAUAGUGCAACGCUUAGGGUUGAUGGUGCCAGGAGACGCAGGCGGGGCCAGGUGCGACAGAUUCGGCUUGAGCUGCGAAGAACCCUAGCUACUGCCUCUGUCUGUGCCCUGACACUGAGGGGACUGCUGACACCACAUCUAUGACUGAAUAGAAAGAGAAUGGCUCAGUGAGGUCUCCAGUCACACGUUUAUUUGCAGAGACUAAGACGGCUGCAAGAAAGAUCAGCUGGGUCAGAGAUGAAUUGUGUGCAGUCCCAAGGGAAGUUAUGGCGCUCCAUAUGGAAAGGUUUGGCACUGGGGACUCUUCUCACCAGUUUUUUGAUUCUCCUGUAUUCCUAUGCUGCACCACCCUUAAACCUCAGCAGCACAGACAACCCUGUAGCAUUCCAGUGUUUUGCAUCUUCACCUCCUAUUGCCUCAAGGCGACUCACAAAUUUCUCUGCUAAAGGGACGUCGCAGUGCCAACAACAGCACAACCUUUUUUUCCUGAAGACCCACAAGACUGGAAGUAGCACUAUCCUUAACAUUCUUUUCCGUUAUGGGCAAAAAAAUAACCUUCACUUUGCAUUUCCCCGUGGACGGAAUGACUUUGACUACCCAGAUUAUUUUCAACGCUGGCAGGUAGAGGGUUACCAACCCGGUGCCUGCUUUAAUGUCAUCUGCAACCACAUGCGUUACCAGCAUUCAGAAGUAAGAGCACUUCUGCCACUGGAUGCAACCUUUGUUACUGUACUCCGAGAUCCCGCACUGCUCUUUGAAUCCUCUUUCCAAUAUUUUGCCAGAGUUAUUCCACUAACGUGGAAGCUGCCAGGUUCUAGUAAUGUGCAAAAGAUGGAGGAAUUCCUCCAGAGCCCACAUACUUACUAUGAUUCAAGUGGUUUUAAUGCCCAAUAUCUGCAUAACCUACAGGCUUAUGACCUUGGCUAUGACAAUGACGUGGAAGACCUCAAUGUAAAGCAGGUGCUGGAUGAGUUGGAUGGACGUUUCCACUUGGUCAUGCUUCUAGAAUAUUUUGAUGAAUCUUUACUGCUGUUGCGUGAACUAAUGUGUUGGGAAAUGGAUGAUAUACUCUACUUUAAACUGAAUGCACGCAAAGACUCCGGUGUGUCCCGUCUGAGCCCUGAGAUGUACCAACUGGCACAUAAAUGGAAUGCAGUUGACACACUGAUUUAUCAGCACUUCAACUCAACAUUCUGGAGAAAAGUUGAAGAGUAUGGGAGUAAAAGGAUGCAUCAAGAUGUGCUUGAGCUAAGGCGAAGGAAUGAAGAACUAAAAAAUGAGUGCAUUGCAGGAGGGGGUGCUGUUGAUUCCAGCAAAAUUCUGGAGUCUGGACUGCAACCUUGGCAGCCAAUUGGGGAAAAAACCAUCCAGGGAUAUAACUUAAAAAACAACAUUUCACCCAAACAUAAGCAGUUAUGCAGGAACAUGCUGACUCCUGAAAUACAAUACAUGAGCCAGCUAGGCGCAGAUUUGUGGGUCACACAACUGUGGGGAAAAAUCAGGGCGUUGAUGCAGUGGUGAUUGUGUACCUUAGUUAGCCCAUUUAUUGAAAGAGCUUGUUUAAGGCACAAAGGAACUGGUGACUGAAGCAAGAGUUAUGGUGUUUAAGGAUAUUACUGAAAAUGUUUUGUAUCAUUUUUAUAAAAAAGCUAAGUAUGACUGGCAGUUGCCAUGAAUUGCACCAGAAGUGUUUCUAAAGCAAAGCAGUAUUUUUUUUGCAAGAAUGGUUAAUUUAAAAAAAAUUUCAACAUUAGUCAGUAUCUAAAUUAAAUUUUGCUUGAGACCAAAUCAAACAGAAAUCAGUUAUUUAUCAAAAGUUAUUUAUCAAAAGCUUAUGAAGCAUUCACACCAAUGCAACACAGUUUCAGUUCAAAGAACAGAGGAAACUAAGAGAUGGUCCUGCCAUUUCACUUUUAGUUUAAAUAGUGCAGUAUGGGAUUUCAUCAAGUUAAACACAAAGGACUGCAGGCUAGACAGUCCACUUGCUGAAUCUACUAUGCUACAGUGCAAGAAAGAAAGAAAGUUUCAGUGUUAUGUAUUUACAGUACAUGAGCUAUGCUAUGAGCACUUCCCCUAUAUCAUAUAAGUACUGCAUGGAAGCAGGAGAUUUCAUAUAUAUAUAUAUAUAUAUAUAUAUAUAUAUAUAUAUAUAUAGAUAUAUAGAUAGAGAGAGAGGCAUGAAAUCUUUGUCAAUAUAUAAGUUUCUGGCUGGAUCAGUUUUGCUUAUCGGUACAUCUCGAAAAUCCUUGCACUCUUCCUGCCUUUCCUGUUUUCAGUCUAGACAUUAUUGCCUCAUAGUAACACUAAUUAAAAAGGUUGUUCACCUUAGAAUUAACUUUUAGUAUGAUGUAGAGAAUGAUAUUCUGACACAAUUCAGUAAGUCUCCAGUUUGGAAUUUUAACACCUAUCGGAUUCCUAGGGUUUAAAUUAUCCUUAGCAACCAGGCAGUGAUUUGAAAAGAGAGGCUGAAUAUGAACAGGAGAGGGUCUGAAUAGAAAUAUAAGUAAUAAAAAGUAACAAUUACAAUAGCAUUUUUGUGGCUGGGGGUCAGUGACCCCCAUUUGAAAGCUAAAAGGAGUCAGAAGAAGAAGGCAAUUAAAAGUUAACUUAAAAGGUCAAAAAAAUCUAACCAGAGUAAAACAAAUCCUGGUUUAGUCUCCAACAAACCAUAGGACCAUAUAAUGUAAGAAUAAAAUGUAACAUUCAUGUAGGAUACAUGCUUCGCAGUGAUAUAUUUAUUGUCCUUAUAGUUGACAUAUUUGUUCUUGUGACAAGUCCAGAGCCAUUUCUUUUUGUUGCACUAAAAUGGGCAUUUAUAUAUAUGUAUACAUUUCUGUGUUAUAUAUUUCUAUAACUAUGUAAUGCAUUGUACAAUAGGCAAUAAAACAUACAAAAUUAGGGUACUUGGAUACACUGAAUAUAUGAUGGUUCUGGCUGUAAUUGGCCAAAUCUGCUCUAAGCAACAGUGGACAAGAAAAAAAAAAAUAAUUUCAUAAGCAAAUUGGGAUUCUGCCUCAGUGUGACCUAUGUACAAAUCUUUUAUGCAGAAUUUAGUAUUUGGCCAAAUCCAGGAACUUUGGAUAUGUAUAGCCUGGCUAGUGGUGCUAACUGGACUAAAGAAUGUACAUUACUUGUACUGUAAUAGGAAAUGCCACACAUACUACAUAAUAGUGUAAUACCCAUUAGUGGUGCACUGAAUAAAGCCUAGUACAUAAAUAUAAGACCCUGGUGCAAAAUUUGGGUUUGGGACCCUUCCUUGUGCAGGGCAGCAGUAAAGGGGGACCAAUAUAGGGGCCCUAUUAUACCUUGGGUCAUGAAAACCUAUAUUUAGUACUUAUUGGCCUUAGUGAGAAGUCAAUUUUGCUGGAAACCCUGUUUGUUGUACUCAUAGAGUGAAAUAUAAAGAAGAUUCUAAUAACUGCAAAGGUGAAUAUUUAUUCAGACAACUUUUACAACAGCAAACAAUAGUGGGUGGGUUCUACACCUCCCAUUUUCAGGUAUUUUUGUUAUCAUAUAAAGACACCCUAAUUAAUAACAGUGUCUCAACCCUACAACCUAUAUUCACUCUUAACACUCAUCCCCUACAAAAGAAAUAAUAUCCUCCAUUAGAUCAUUCAGGAUUUUUUAGAUCCCUGUCCCCCUGUAGUUAUACAUAAUUCUAAGCAACUUUCCAAUAUGAAUUUCUUAAAAAAUUUUGUAGAGCUUUAAAAGUUAUUUGUAAAUG